GCUAGCAGGGCUGGUUUAGUUGAACCUCAGCUGCUACACAGCUUAAAAAGCCUCAGCAUGUCUCAAAAUGCUCAGUGACCAAAGCAGGAAUAUAACAAGAGUGAAUAUUGGCAGUGAGUUUGAAAGUUGAAGACUUAGAGCUCAAAAAGACUACAAGACCGACCCAGAGCUGCUACUUUUCUCCUGAACAGAUGGAGGAGCUGGAUGAGACUCAGCUGAAGUUUCAGGUGGACAGUCUAAAAUUGCAGCUGCAAAUCCCCAGAGAGAAAACCUCUGUAUCUGUUCCUGAGCUGGUGAAAUGGAUUGAGGAGAAAAUGGCUGAGGAUCCAUUUCUGAAUGCAGAGAUGAUGAGGGACAACCCCUGGGUGGAGUCAGGGAAAUGUGUGGUGUUGUAGAAAUGGGUUUUCCUCUGACCCACCAGGAAUUACAGCAGUGGCUCCAACAGUAGCAAAUGAACACAUAUUCUGUGGCUUGUGCAUAAUAAUAAUAAUGCUAAUAAUGCUGCAGGACACAAACAGGUCCUGUGGUAAAUACAGUAGUAUCUUAAUUUAUAUUAAGCUAAUAUAGCAUUAGUAUGAAUCUUUUAAUAAGGAUAUGCUAAUGCUUAUGUGUAAACACUAUAAAAAAUCAUUAAAAACAUUUAAAACCUUAAAA